CUGCGCGCGGCAUUUUGGGAACGCGUGGUACUCUGGGAGAAGGGUACCGCCAUUCGCUUGUCUCACGCCCUCGCAGUAACUUGAGUUGCUGCCACUGCCGCCGCACCGGGAAGGAAGAGGAGGCCGGAGCCGAACUGUCUUCCUGCCAAGAUGUCUAUUGGUGUGCCGAUUAAAGUCCUGCACGAAGCCGAAGGUCACAUCGUGACGUGUGAGAUGAACACCGGCGAGGUGUACCGCGGGAAGCUCAUCGAGGCGGAAGACAACAUGAACUGCCAGAUGUCCAACAUCACAGUCACGUACAGAGAUGGCCGAGUAGCACAGCUGGAGCAGGUGUACAUCCGUGGGAGCAAGAUCCGCUUCCUGAUUUUGCCCGACAUGCUGAAAAACGCACCCAUGUUAAAGAGCAUGAAGAAUAAAAACCAAGGCUCCGGGGCUGGUCGGGGGAAAGCUGCCAUUUUGAAGGCCCAAGUGGCUGCGAGAGGAAGAGGACGUGGAAUGGGACGUGGAAACAUCUUCCAGAAACGAAGAUAAAUUUAUCUGCUGAGCAGAACUUUUUCCGUUUUGUUUUUUUUUUUUCUUUCAAGUUAUCAAAAUGGAGGAGUAUGUGCUUAUGAGUGUGUCCUGGGUAUUCUUUCUUUUUUUCUAAUCCUCACCCAAGGAUUUUUCUUUUCCCAUUGCCUUUAGAGAAAGGAGAAGGGAGGCAGAGAGAGGGGGAUAGGAAUUUGAUGUGAGAGAGAAGCAUUGGUCAGUUGCCCGUCGGGCCUGCCAUGGUCGAACCCGCGCCCCACGGUUCUCCAGGCGGCGCUCAGUCGGAGUGUGCGGGCCAGGCUCUCAUGGGUUUUUGUCUCACAUCUUUCUCUUUAGCUCGAGGGCUAUGUCCAACUCAAUAAAUAUGGUGGUUAUUUUUUGUUUUUGAAAAAGUACAGAUUGUGUGUUCAUUUUGGA